UUCAUUCUUUCUUCUCCAACCAAACCUGAAAUUAAACCAAACUCUCCCUUUUCACAUCCAAAUUCAACCAAAAAACAAAACAUCCCAUUUCUCAAACAUUACAAGAAAUCAUGGUAGUUCUACCAAUAAAGAGAGAAAGAGAAGGUGAAUUUAAAACCAUAACAACCAUGGCAAAUUACUUGAUGUUGCUCUCACACCAAGAAAAUCUUUCUGACGCAAUCACAAACAGUUCUCCUGAUCGUGUUUUUGAGUGCAAAACUUGCAAUAGACAAUUUUCUUCAUUUCAAGCGCUUGGUGGUCAUCGAGCAAGUCACAAGAAGCCAAGAUUAAUGGGAGAAUUGAACUUUCAAUUGCCAAUUUCUCCUCCUAAACCAAAAACACAUGAGUGUUCCAUUUGUGGGCUUGAAUUUCCUAUAGGACAAGCUUUAGGUGGACAUAUGAGAAGGCAUAGAGGUAUUAUGAAUGAAAAUAAUAAUAUUCAAGUUCCUCAUGUUGUGAAGAAAUUAAAAAAUACUCCAAGAGUUUUGUGUUUGGAUUUGAACUUGACUCCAUUGGAGAAUGACUUAGAGUUCAAGAUGAAGAAGCAAGCUCCAGUAGUUGAUUUCUUCUUGUGAUAAUUGAAUAUACUGGACAAAUAAAUCCUAUCUAGACCCCAAGUUCUUUUUUAUCUUUUUCCUUCUUUUUUUCUUCUACUUAUGGAUCAUGUUCUAGAUAAGGAAUUUUAUUUGUUUAUCUGAUCGAAGCGGAGCUAUAGUUGGUGAAGGAUGACUAGUUGAACAUUCUUUGCCAAAAAAAUUAUACUGUAUAUAUACAGACUUUUUAUAUAUACUUAUUAAAUCUUUAAUGCACUCAGCGAAAUUUCUUGUAUAGGAGUCUUGUCUUGUGGAUACUUUCUUUUGAAAUUUCUUGUAUAGGAGGCUUCCCUUGUGGAAACUUUCUAUUGAAUGAUAUGGAUUUAUUUUUUCAUUUAUA